UUCGGGAGCGAUGGUGUGUAUUGAUGUGAGCGCUGGCGUGUCGCUGUCAGAUGAGUGUGUGUGGAGGUGGAGGCCGACCUGUGGCCAGUCACACAGCGGACUGUUGGAGGGCAAAGUUUACAGAGCAGCCGGUAUAUCCAGAGCGUUUCUCCCGCAGAGGACACACGGACAGGCUGCAGCUGCGCGGAGAGCCGGUGUGAGGGACACAUGUAGCAUGUAGCCAGGACCGAGGACAACUGCUGUAUGCCUUUUCUGUCUCUGCCGUGGCCCUCUGUCUGCGCCCGACUGCUGCACUGAUCCCAGCCCCGGUCACCUGCUGCCGGAGCCAUGGGGGGGAGUCUGGGCUGCCACCGCUCCAUCCCCAAGGACCCCACAGACUUCAGCUGCGGAAAGCGCAAAUUCAGCGCUGCGUGCAACUUCGGCCACAUCCUGGUGAACCAGGAGCGGCUGAACAUCAACACAGCCACCGAGGAGGAACUCAUGACUCUACCGGGAGUCAACCGCACUGUUGCGCAGAACAUUGUGGAGUACCGGGACUGUAUCGGAGGGUUUAAAAAGGUGGAGGACCUGGCUCUGGUGAGCGGGAUUGGUGCCACCAAACUGGAGGUGAUCAAACUGGAAAUAUGCGUCUCCAGCCGGACCAGCUCGUCCCAGCACUCCCCGUCCUCCCUGCGUAAAGACCUGGAUCACCAGUCCUGCACCGGGAUGAACAUUAACACCGCCACCCUGGCGCAGCUCAUGAGCAUCCGAGGCAUCACGGAGAAAAUAGCCAAGAACAUCGUGGCCUACCGGGCGGAACACGGCCCGUUUAAAAGCAUCGAGGACCUGGUGAGGGUCCACCACAUCAACAGCUCCCUGCUGGACAAAAUCCGCUUCCAGGUGUUCGUGGAGCGCUCCAGGGCGCCGUCCACCAACACCAACGGAGGGCUGACCUGCACCACCAAGUCCCACCCGAGCCCAACGUCAUUCAGUCUCAGGAGCGAGGACCUGGACCUCCCGCCCGGAGGACCGACCCAGAUCAUCUCAGUGCGGCCCAACGUGGAGCCCCCGCCCGGCCUGCGCGACGGGAAGCCCGUGGUGCGUGUGGCCACCUGGAGCCUGCAGGGCUGCUCCUGCGAUAAGGCCAACAACCCGGGGGUCAAAGAGGUGGUGUGCAUGACCCUGCUGGAGAAUGACGUGAAGCUGCUGGCUGUGCAGGACCUGCUGGAGCGGGAGGCUCUUGAGAAGUUCUGUGUGGAGUUAAACCAGGGGACGCUGGCCAGUGUGCGGAAGUGGAAAUGGCCACGAGGGCUGUGGAAAAGUGUCGUGUCUGAAAAACCCACUGGACACUCCAGCAAGGGAGUGAGCUUCUCCGGCUUUCUGUGGGACUCUUCGUCGGGCAUUGAGCUGAAGGACGCUGCGGUGCUGGAGUCUCCUGUUGUCAAUGGCAACGGAAACCAUCCCACCCCCCGCCCCUACCUGGCUCACUUCUCUGUCGGAUCGUACGAGCUGUCGGUGGUGAACGUCCACAUGCGGCCCGCAGAGACCAACGGCAAGAACCUGCACACAGAGGAAGCCAAGUGUCCGCACCUCCCCCCCGCCAUCCAGGAAACACUCAAAGGCGAGAAGGAGCUGCUGCUGCUGGGAGACUUUGGCUCCUCUGCUCAGAGCUCAGAGCUGGACAUACUGAGGAAGGAGAAGCUCUGCGCCCUGGUGCCCUCCUCCCAGUUCACCAACAUCAGCACCCGCUCCCCUCAGGGCACCCGCUGCCUGGACAACAUCUGGGUGAGCCGCUCCCUCAAGAAGAUCUAUUCUGGCCACUGCAUGGUAGUGCGGGAGGGCCUGACUAACCCCUGGAUCCCAGACAACUGGUCCUGGGGCGGUGUGGCGUCGGACCACUGCCCCGUGGUGGCUGAGUUUUACGCACACGUAUCCCCGAAGGAGCUGAGCAGGCCCGGUAUGGCCGUAGUGGACAGAGGAGACAUUAUGCCCAAACACGAGCGGUGACAACAUCCACGGUCACGCUGAAGACAGCGGAGGACGGUCAGACUUUGUGCCUGCAUCCUGCUUUGUCUUAGUUUGCUGCGGAGCGAAGAGAUUCCUGAUGAAUGUGAAGAAGUGCCAAGAUUGCCUUUUGGGUUUUCAAUUUAUCAAUGUAUAAUAGUAACUGGUCAUAGAGCCAUACCAUGUGCAGACUAUAUAUAUAAUGUUGAAAGAAAUGUGCCAAACAUUUUCUAUAUGUAUAUAUAAUAAAGAGAAAUUGAUAGAUGUC